AUGACGAUGACGAUGACUUCACAUUCUAGUUCUCCGAAGCUCUGUGCUAACACCAAAUGUAAGAAAAUAUUGCAAGUGACGAGACCGAGCUGGAAAUGUCCCAACGGUUGUUUCGUCCGUCUUUGUGAUGAAUGCUCGUUAUGCGAUUCUUGUUUAAACCCUCAAAGAUCCAUCUCGCCACCGAGUUGGUCCAGGCCGGCUGCUUCUUUUCGCAAGCGCAGUUCUGAAAAGACGAGUGUUAUCUCAACCAGCUCAAUCCCGGUUCGGGGUCCUGCGGCUGUUCAAACACCCUGUUUGUUAAAUUCAUCCAACACCGAACCACAACCACAACCACAAGUCGACAUAUCUGUUCGCCCAACACAACCCUCUUGGCUCGGUGAAAGGAAGAAUUCAUCAGUGAAGCGAAGCUCACAGAUUCGUGCUUCACAUGUGAUUAAGGACAAAACAGCAGUUGGAACUGAGCACAGUCCAUCGCGUCAUUUGCUUGGAAGUAAAUCGUUCACUGCUCAAUCCCGCCAUGGGAAUGACCACCUACUGGAUCGUUACAUGCCCAAACAGGUUACUGAAUGUUCGGAUGCAAAAAUAACUCCCUUGUUCGAGAAAAAGCUUACUGCUAGCGACGCUGGGAGGGUAGGCCGGCUCGUGCUGCCAAAGAGAUGUGCCGAGGCUUACUUUCCUCCGGUGAAUGAACCUUUUGGCGAACCCUUAUCAAUUCAAGAUACAGAAGGAAAAAAUUGGGAUCUAAAUCUUAGGUUCUGGCCUAACAAUAAUAGCAGAAUGUACGUUCUAGAAGGAUUCAGUCUAGUUGUCAAGUCGGUGGAACUCGUAGAAGGCGACGUUGUGACAUUUAGUCGGUUAGAGCCCGAAGGAAAGCUGAUAAUGGGAUAUCGAAAGGCUAAAAGUACUGCUUUGUCAUUGAAACAGGCCAUCGUAACCGUAAGCCCUCGUAAUGACGUUUCAAAGGGAAAUACCAGUUCAGCUGCGGUUAGCCAGAUGAAGCCAGAUGAUCCAACAAGCAAUAUUCAGUCGGAAGUGGUUCGAGCCAAGGCUGCGGGUCGAAGCAAAAGGAAGAGUUCCAAAAUGGGUUGGGGCAGUGACAUUAAUGAACCCGAAAAGGAGAUGGUGGAACUUGAUCUCACUUCCAAAGAAGCUCAGGAACUAGUUCGGCCACCACUGGGUGGUCGAGUUCCCAAAUCUGUGGUGAUCGAUGGGGUCGAAAUCAUGGGUUAUGAGGAUGUUCCGGUCAUAGGGAGGCCCACCAUCAUCGAAAACCUUGUUAACAAAAUGAUUCAAUGGGCUCAAUGCGAAGGAUGUUACAAAUGGCGUAAGGUUCCAAUGGAUGUUGUUAUUCCAGCAGGCUGGACCUGUUCUCACAACCAGUGGGAUCCCCACAGCUGCAAUUCACCAACAAGUUUAGUUGGCAUUGCAACAACAAUUGCAAAUUUUGCAAGUGUCGAGCAAGAUUUUGCUUAG